AUGUCUUCCGAAAAGAAGGUAUCCAGUAUCGGCCAGGACACCAUACAGCCGGCGGAGGGCUGGUCCGCCAACGAUGUUGUAGAGGGCGAGAUGGAGAAAUCACCCGAGGCUCAUGGAGUCUUCAAGCCUACCGAGGAUGGUGUCGACUUUCGCACCGUGAGCUGGCAGCGGGCUACCGUCAUCUUCCUCAAGAUCAACUUUGCCAUGAGCAUUCUCGCCGUGCCGGGAUCACUGGGCACGUUGGGAGCAGUAGGAGGUGCUCUGUCGAUUGUGGGCUGGGAGGCGUUGAAUACCUACACUGCGAUAUUGAUCGGAGACUUCCGAAACCGCCAUCCCGAGUGCCACACACUUGCCGAUGCGUGUGCCAUCCUCUGGGGUCCAUUGGGCCGCGAAGUAUGCGGAAUCAUGAUCCUGCUUGCUCAGGUGCUCAUCACGGCGGCUGGUAUCGUCUCUACUGACACGGCCUUCAACGCACUUUCGGACCAUGGCGCUUGUACUGUAGUCUUUGCAUUCGUCUCUGCUGCUCUCAUUACUGGCUUUUCUGCCGUACGAACAUUUUCACGGUUGGGUUGGCUCACCUGGGCUGGAUUCAUCACCUUCUUCAUCGCAGUGUUCAUCUUUGUUAUUGCCGUCACGCAACAAGACCGUCCUGCUGCAGCACCGCAGACUGGCCCUUAUGAACUCGGCUUCAGGUCCAUGGCGUACCCAACCUUUGCCGCUGGUAUGACGGCUUCAGCAAACAUUUUCCUAUGCGGAUCAGGCGGUUCGAUGUACCUCCCAAUUAUAUCCGAGAUGCGAAGACCUCAAGACUACCGCAAGGCCUGCUACGUGACCGGCGUCCUGGUCGGCGCCAUGUACCUCGUCUUCAGCCUGGUCAUCUACCGCUACUGCGGACAGUGGCUGACAACCCCGGCAUUUGGCAGCGCCGGCGUGCUGUUCAAGAAGAUCAGCUACGGCGUGGCCCUUCCGGGACUGGUGAUUGGCAACGGCAUCUACCAGCACGUGGCCGCCAAGUAUCUGUUUGUGCGCCUCCUCCGCAACACCAGCCAUCUGCAGGCCGACACGCUCGUGCACUGGAGCACCUGGCUGGGCGUUAACCUUGUCUUGGGUACUCUGGCCUUCAUCAUCAGCCAGGCCGUGCCCAUCCUCAACUACCUCCUCGGCCUCGCUGGUAGUCUGUUCUCGGCUCCCUUUUGUCUCAUCUUCCCAGCGCUGUUCUGGAUGCACGACUUCAAGGGAUACAAGACCUUGUCUGGCAAGAACAAGGCGCUAUGGUGGUUUCAUGCACUUGUCAUCGCCAUUGGACUAUUCAUGGUGGUUGGCGGAACAUAUGGUGUUGCCUUGUCAAUUCAAGAGGCGUAUGCCACCGGCUUGAUUGCCAAGGUUUUCGACUGCGCCGACAACUCGGGCACUGUCUCUUAA